GGGCACUUUUAUAACGUACGGAAGCUAAGGCCACCUGAGAUAAAGCUUGGGCAUUUCGAUGUUCGAACAUUACCCCGCGCUUAAAAAUCUUAACUAAGCCGUUUUUACUUUGACUCAUUCGCAUUUUUGGCGGGGUACUAUUUUUCUAGUCUCCGAUUCUUAACCCAUCGAACUGGUCAAGUUCAAGGUUUACUCUGAUAUUUCUUAUCUUUGGCGGCUACUACAGUUCGUUAAGAUGAGUAUCAACUUUCCACAGGAAGAGGAAGAGAUCGUGCGAUUUUGGCGCGAGGUUGAUGCCUUCCAAACCCAACUCAAACUUACCGAAGACUGUGAGCGCUUCACUUUCUACGAUGGCCCCCCUUUCGCAACCGGUCUCCCUCAUUAUGGUCAUCUCCUUACCUCCACAAUCAAAGACAUCAUCCCUCGAUACUGGUCCAUGAAGGGCUAUCAUGUCGUCAGGCGAUUCGGCUGGGAUACGCAUGGCCUACCCAUUGAAUAUGAGAUCGAUAAGACACUGGGUGUCUCCGGUCGUGAUGCUGUCUUGAAGAUGGGUAUCGAGAAAUACAAUGCUGAAUGCCGCGCAAUUGUCAUGAGAUAUGCGGCCGAGUGGAGACAGACAAUCGAGCGUCUAGGUCGAUGGAUAGAUUUUGACAAUGACUACAAAUCUAUGGAUGUCAAGUUCAUGGAAUCUUGCUGGUGGGUUUUCAAGCAGCUUUUCGACAAGGAUCAGGUAUACCGCGCCUAUCAGAUUAUGCCUUUUUCGACCGCCCUCUGCACUCCCUUAAGCCAUAUGGAAUCUAAGCAAAACGAGAAGACGACUCAAGAUCCAGCUCUUUUAGUAGCAUUCCCCGUCAUAGGCAGAGAUUCUUCCUUGAUAAUCUACACUACCACACCGUGGACCUUGCCUUCAAACCUUCUCAUUGCUGUCCACCCGGAGUUCGAGUACGUCGAGAUUCUAGAUGAGGCUUCGGGGAAGCAAUAUAUACUCCUGGAGAGUGGCCUUUCUAUGCUCUACAAGGACAAGAAGAAGGCAAAAUAUAAGAUUUUGGGAAAGCUUGAGGGAAAGGAGAUGAUCGGGUGGAAGUACGAGCCUUUGUUUCGUUAUUUCGCCGAUCAGUUUGCCGACUGCUUCCAGGUCAUAGGCGCCGAUUAUGUUGAAGCAGACGAAGGCACUGGUCUCGUACAUCAAGCUCCCGCCUUCGGUCAGGAGGAUUACGAUGCAGCGGUCGCCGCCGGUUUCAUACAUCCAAAGCGCUUGCCCCCGUGUCCGGUAGAUGAUAAAGGUCUUUUCACGGCCGAGGUGACUGAUUACGCCGGGCAACAUGUUAAAUCCGCGGACAAGGCGAUCGUAAAGGAUCUUAAAGAAACAGGUCGUCUCCUGCUCGCUACGCAAGUAUCUCACGUGGACAAGUUUUGCUGGCGGUCUGAUACACAGCUCAUCAGGAAGGCUGUAUCCUCGUGGUUUAUCCGUGUUACCAACUCUAUACCGGACAUGCUCUCCAACCUUGAAUCGACUACAUGGGUUCCCUCGUUUGUAAAGGAGAAGCGGUUUGCAAACUGGAUCGCCAAUGCACACGACUGGAAUAUUGCCCGGAAUCGAUACUGGGGCACUCCGCUACCACUGUGGGUUAGCGAUGACUACGAAGAAGUUGUCUGCGUGGGGAGCAUUGCCGAGCUUAAAGAGCUGAGCGGAUAUACGGGCACCAUAGAUGAUAUUCACAGAGACAAGAUUGACGGGAUCACGAUCCCUUCCAAGAAAGGAAAGGGCCAGCUUCGCCGCGUUGACGAAGUCUUCGAUUGCUGGUUUGAGUCUGGAAGCAUGCCAUAUGCGUCUAACCAUUAUCCCUUCGAAAACUCGAAAGGGUUCGAAGGCGGAAAUUUCCCCGCUGAUUUCAUCGCCGAGGGACUUGACCAAACCCGUGGUUGGUUUUACACACUGAGUGUUUUAGGAAACAAGCUUUUUGGCGUCUCUCCAUUCAAGGCGGUUAUCGUCAAUGGCCUGGUCUUGGCGGAAGAUGGCAAGAAGAUGUCGAAAAGUCUGAAGAACUACCCAGACCCUAAAAAUGUUAUCGACCAGUAUGGGUCUGACGCAUUGCGACUUUAUCUCAUCAACUCUCCUGUUGUCCGUGGGGAACCCUUACGCUUUAAGGAGUCGGGAGUUAAGGAGAUCAUUGCCAAGGUGCUUUUGCCCUUGUGGAAUAGCUAUCGCUUUUUCUUCGAGCAGACAAUCCUAUUUAAGAAGACAACCGGAGAUGAUUUCGUUGCUCAGUUCCCGAAGACGACAAACGUCAUGGAUCGGUGGAUUCUUGCUGACUGCCAGAGCAUGCUCCAGUUCAUCGACCAAGAGAUGGCCGGUUACCGUCUAUACACCGUCGUGCCUCGUCUACUUCAGGUUAUUGAUAAUCUAACGAACUGGUACAUCCGUUUCAAUCGCAAGAGGCUUAAGGGUGCUGCUGGUCUCGAAGUUGACGAUACUAAGGCAGCUCUGGAUACGCUCUGCCAAGUACUAUUCACGCUUGUACGAGCUUUGGCACCCUUCACCCCAUUCAUAACGGAGCAUAUCUAUCGUCUUCUACAGCCAUAUCUCGGCGAUGCACUGUCAGGGUUCCCGAAUACGAAGAGCGUGCAUUUCCUUCCGUUCCCGACCGCACAAGAGUCCCUCUUCGACGAGGUAAUCCAAAGAAAAGUAUCUGCAAUGCAGAAGGUGAUUCAACUCGCGAGAACAGCGAGAGAGCGCAAGACAAUUCCACUAAAGACGCCGCUGCUCACUCUAGUAGUUAUUGCCGACGCACAGCAGCUUAGCGACAUUGAAGAGCUGCAGAUAUACGUCAAAGAGGAACUUAACAUUAGGGACAUAGUCCUGACGAAUGACGAGGAACGAUAUGGCAUUCACCUCGAGGCCCGAGUAGAUUGGCCGAUUUUGGGCAAGAAGUUGAAGCGCGAUGCUCAAGUCGUCCGCAAGGCUCUACCGAGUCUCACACAAGAGCAACUCAGACAGUACUUGAAAGAUAAGAAAAUAACAAUUCAGGGGAUCGAGCUUGAGGGUAGCGAUCUUAGCAUCGUGCGAGUUGUAGCCAAGGAUAAUCCGGACAUAGUUAAGGACGAAGGUGUUCAGUACGAGCCGGCCUUCUCAGACGACAUGAUCGUCCUCUUAGACACGGCAUCGCAUCCAGAACUUAUCGACGAUGGAAUUGCACGUGAUGUUAUGACACGUGUGCAGAAGAUGCGCAAGACGGCUGGGUUAGUUCCAACUGACGACGUUCGUAUGCAGUACAGCGUCGUGUCGAAUCCCGACGAUAUUCAAUUUUCGACAUUAGUAUCCUCGCGAAAAACCCAGUUCGAGAAUACUGUACGUGGUCCUCUUGAGCCGUUUUCGCUAACUGAAGGGGCAACGGAAGCUGUUAUAUUGCAAGAGGAACACGCCAUCAGCAAUCUUACGUUAUUAUUGAGAUUGUGCCGUCUUUGAGUAGGCUGUCUACACAGCUGAUUACAGACUUCGCUAGACUCGGUAGUCCAAUGCGCGACCGUGUUGUAUAUAAAAAAUAGUAAAAAAAAAAAUAUACAAAAAGGGGUCCUAGUCGAGAAGUUAGGGGAAGAGACGUUAGGGACUCGCAAGAUCGGUCGCAAAGAUGAUAUUAUCUCUGUAGAUCGACGUGAAUUACCGCGGUCUACGCGACGGAU